GGAUGAUGAAAGUCUUCACUUAGGAAAAUCAAUUUAAAAUAUACAAACAGUGAUACUCAUCACAAGUAUGUAAAUAGAGUGGGGAAUCUUAAAAGGAAAAAUGUAAAUUAGUGAAAAUCAAAUGAAAAGAAAAAGUUAAAUCAUAAGUAACGAAGUGACAAUUGUGAAAUUAAUAAAUUGUGUUUCAAGUGAUUUAAAUGUAUAAAUAAACUGCAUCUAUCAUAUAUUCAUUCACUUGUGUGUUAAUUCAUAAGAGUAGAAAAACAUCAGAAAAGAACACUAAGGAAAAAGCAGAUAUGCUUUAUAAACCACUCGCUGGAAUAAAUAAAAGAAAAAGUAAAUAAUAAAAAUAGUUGAAAACCAAAAUGGCGGCUUACGAUAAUAUUCAAUGCAAUUUAAAUUAUGAACCUUAUGAUAUUAAGAGCAAAAGUUAUAACACUCGUAUGACGUGUGCAAACAUCAGAAUCACACGAAAUAAUAAGCGGAAAAAAAAUAAAAACAACGUUGGGGAUAUGACAAUACAAAAACACCAAAACUUGGAAAGUUUUUUCUUUUCUGAGAAACAAUCAUCUGCAAUCAGAUUUAAAGAUGUUACAAAAGCACGAAAUAAAUAUUUAGAACAUAAUAUACUAAUCACCAAUAAAUAUGAUAAUAAUAGAAACAUAAAUUUAAUCGCUAAAAGCCAUAAAAGUGAUGAAUAUAAAAAUAAUAAUACUAUAAAUAAUGAUAAAAAACGUUUUAGAGUACCGAUCAAAAAAUAUUUCAAUUGCUUUAACAAAUCAAAGAUAUCAUCGUUAGCGUUGUUUUUAGUGAUUGGAUUAGUGUUUAAAACCACUCUGUGCUGUGGUUUUGUGCUUGAUGGAACACAAAAUUCCUAUGCGCAGUUUCGCAAGUGGUACACUGGGUUGAAUGGCACGCUUGAAUUGGAGUUCAAAACAGAACAACCAAAUGGAUUGGUUUUGUAUACAGAUGAUGGAGGCACAUACGAUUUCUUUGAGUUGAAACUAGUGGAAGGAGCUUUAAGAUUACGAUAUAAUUUGGGUGGUGGAGCUCAAAUAAUAACUGUAGGACGUGAUUUGCAUGACGGGCAUUGGCACAAAGUUCAAGUAUUACGUAAUGAUGAGCAUACAACAUUGACUGUUGAUGGGGUGAUGUUGAGUAAAACAUCUAGAGGGAAGGAAUUUCAAUUCGGAAAAUUUACCACUAAUUCGGACAUAUUUGUGGGAGGUAUGCCGCAUUGGUACAAUGCAAAGCUAGCCCUUCUUGCUCUACCAAGUGUCAUUUUUGAACCACGAUUUCGAGGUUCUGUACGGAAUCUUGUUUAUAGUGAUCAACCUGGUGUACUUCCUCGGAGGCAAGAAAUGCGUCAACCAAGAGACGUCAAGUGUGGAGAUUCGCCAUGUGAUCUCUCUGACUUACCAAAAGAAAAAGUUACUCGAGGAUUACGGACUAACAUAACAGAUGCUUGUGAACGACACGAUCCUUGUCAGCAUGGCGGAAUUUGCAUUUCAACUGAUUCUGGACCUUUAUGUGAAUGCCGAAAUGUAGAGUACGAAGGAAUAUAUUGUGAAAGAGAUAAAGCACCCAGCGAAGCGACAUUUAGAGGGACUGAAUUUCUAUCCUACGACCUUGGACAAACUGGUGGCGAACCAAUAGUCAGCGCGCAAGAUGCCAUUUCAUUAUACUUUCGCACGAGACAACCAAAUGGGUUGUUAUUUUUCACAGGACAUGGAACAGAUUACUUAAACUUAGCUAUUCGUGAUGGUGGCGUUUCACUAACGAUGGGGCUUGCUAAUGGUAAGCAAGAAAUGCACAUCAAGCCAGCUCGUGUAAGAUUUGAUGACCAUCAAUGGCAUCGAGUAACAGUUCAUAGACGUAUCCAGGAGAUUUCAUCUAUGACAAGUUUUUGUCGACUUGUGGUUGUCGUUGAUGAGGUUUAUACAGAUCAUUCACAUAUUGCGGGAAAAUUCACAAUCUUAUCAUCUUCUAAAGUUUAUGUAGGUGGAUCUGUGAAUCCACGAGCAUUACUUGGCGCGAGAGUUCACAAUAAUUUUGUUGGAUGUUUAAGGAAAGUCGAGUUUUCUGCUGAUACACUACGCUUAAAUCUUAUUGAUUUAGCAAGAACGGGCUCGAAAUUAAUUUCUGUCGUUGGACGUGUUGAUUACAAUUGUCCAUCAGGAGAUCCUCAAGAUCCAGUAACAUUUACUACCCGUGACUCCCAUUUGGUGCUUCCACCAUGGGAAGUAUCAAAGCAAGGUGUUAUUUCAUUCAAAUUUCGUACAAAUGAACCGAAUGGUUUAAUUAUUUUGAGUACUGCUACUCGAGCAUCAAGGUCGGAUUUGUUUGCUGUUGAAUUAUUGAAUGGACAUAUUUACAUACACAUGGAUCUCGGUUCGGGAGCAACAAAGGUUCGAGCAUCACGACGCCGUGUUGAUGAUGGCAUUUGGCAUGAAUUAACAGUACGACGAAGUGGAAGAGAUGGUAAGGUCGGAGUAGAUGGACAAUAUAAUGAAUUUAAGACGCCAGGGGAAUCCACUCAACUAGAACUUGAUAGUCCAUUGUUCAUAGGAGGUAUUGGACCUCCUUACGCUUCAGUGAAUAUAUCUCCAGCAUUAUGGACGGGAACGUUAAGACAAGGAUAUGUUGGAUGCCUUAGAGAUCUUGUAUUGAGUGGAAAACCAGUUGAUAUAGCAGCUUAUGCAAGGCAACAAGACUCUGCUGCAGUGAAGCCAUCUUGUCACAUUCAAACUGUUCAGUGCAGUCCAAAUCCAUGUCAAAAUGGCGGUGUUUGUUCUGAAGGUUGGAAUCGUCCACUUUGUGAUUGUUCAGGGACACUAUAUACGGGACCAACAUGCGGAAGAGAGUCAGUAACAUUAGGCUUUAAUGGAUCUCAACAUUUAACAAUCUGGACUGGUGGAGAUCAAGGGUUAAGAACACAAACAGAGGAACUUGUUCUCAGAUUCAAAACAUCACGUCCGACAGGGCUUCUCAUCCUAACAAGUGCUGACACCAACUCACCCGAUAGACUUGAAAUUGCACUCAUUGCUGGUCGCGUAAGGGCAAACGUGAAGUUGGGUGAUCGGGAAAAGAACUUGUUAGGAGGACAAGGGGUCUUAAAUGAUAAUAACUGGCAUACGGUGAGAUUUUCACGUAGAGCAUCCAAUUUGCGUCUACAAGUUGACGGGGCAGCCCCCGUGCGUGCCGAAACAAUUCUGGGUCGGCAUAGUACACUUGAAGUGAGAUCUCUCCAUCUUGGUGGUCUUUUCCAUGCUGAAGAAGAGAUACAAAUGACGGCAACAAUGCCAAAUUUUGUUGGGCAAUUGCAAGGAUUCGUUUAUAAUGGACAUCGAUAUAUUGAUGUGGUUCAUUCGUUAGGACCAGAACUAAAUGGAAUUCCACAAACAAUGUUUAAGCUCACGGCCCGCUUUAUAAAUUCACCACCAGGGAAUCCUUAUCAAGUUGCCACUUUUAAAUCUAAACAUUCUUAUGUCGGUUUGGGAAUUUUAAAAGCUUUUGAAUCUGUUUACAUUGAUUUUCGUUUCAAAACUUUGGAACCAAAUGGCAUUCUUCUAUUCAAUGGAGGAAGGAAAAAUGAUUUUAUUUGUGUGGAAUUAGUUAAUGGUCACAUUCAUUACAUCUUUGAUAUGGGCGACGGUCCAGUUACCAUAAAAGAUAAGAGCAAAGUCCAUAUGAAUGAUAAUAGAUGGCAUUCGGUUAGCAUAAGGCGACCUGGACCGAAAGUUCAUUCCCUGAUGGUUGAUGAUUCUAUCGAGACAUACGUAACCACUGGAAAUUCAAUGCACUUAAAGCUUGAUGGAAUUUUAUACAUCGGAGGAGUUUUUAAAGACAUGUAUUCAGGAUUGCCUCAUAACGCUAUUGCAUCACGUGUUGGGUUUGAAGGAUGCUUAGCAUCGGUCGACUUAGCUGAUAUUUCACCAAAUCUUGUUGAAGAUGCUGUUGUUCCCAGCUCUUUGGUUGUUGCCGGUUGUGAAGGUCCAACUAAAUGCAGUCAAAAUGCAUGUGCUAAUCGGGGAUUAUGUGUUCAACAAUGGAAUACAUACGCCUGUGAAUGUGAUAUGACAUCAUACACAGGACCAACUUGUUAUGAUGAAUCUAUAGCCUAUGAAUUUGGCGCUGGUCGUGGGCUCAUACAAUAUCAAUUUCCAACUGGAAAUCAACCGGAUACUGAAGAAGACAAUAUCGCUUUAGGAUUUGUUACGUUGAAGCCAGAUGCUGUUAUAAUGAGAAUUGAAAGUUCGAAUACACAAGAUUAUUUUGAAUUAGAAAUUGUUGAAGGAAAUAUUUUUGCUGUGUUUAACGUUGGGACAAAUGAUUUGCCUUUAGGAGAUAUUGGCGUUAAAGUCAACGAUAAUAAUUAUCAUAUCGUUAGAUUUACACGUAGCGCGGGUAACGCUACAUUACAAAUUGAUGAUUAUAAUGUUCAAACUCUACAUGCUCAAGGUCACAUAUCAACAGUAUUUAACUCAAUGGGAAUUAUACAAGUUGGUGGUAAAGUACCAAAAGGUAGCGGACGGUCACGAAUUGAACGUCCUUUCACUGGAGUUAUUGCGGGAUUGUCUGUGACCCGUCUAAGAUUGUUGGAUUUAGCUGCCGAUCGAGACCCACAUGUAACAAUACGAGGAGAUGUUCAAUUGGUAACAGGAGUUUUAGAUAGAAAUGACCUCCAAACACGAAUGCAGCAGACACCAGCUAGCGGAUAUCCAGGUGUAAUGGAUGAUUUAAUAUUUUCUGGGGCUGGAUCCGGAUGUCGUGGUGAUGAUGAAGAUGAGUGUAUGCCUCCGUUUGAAAAUGGAAGUGGUGAUGACUUGAUUACACCUGUUUAUGUUCCACCUACAAAACAUACUAUUAGCUUUACAAAGCCAAAGAAUAAAGAGAAUGAAAAAUUGUGUGAUGAUGAAGAUUGUUUGCAUGGUUCCGGAUCAGGUGAAAUCACUGAAACUACAGUCUCUUCCUCUGGAAAAACAGAUAUAAAAGAUACAAGUCCCGAUUUUACGAUGUUUACAACAACUGAAGAUCGUCAACCUGACACAACGAUUCAUGAAAUAUCAACAAAAGAUCAAGAUGCAAUACUAGUAUCAAGUAGAACUACUGCUCAACAAGAAACUGCAUAUCAGAACUCAUAUGGAACAAGCACAACUGAUAUUGGAAGUAGUUCAAGUUCAAUUUCAAGUCCCAUGGUGACAAACGUUGUAACAAGCAGUAGUUUUAGCAGCAGCAGCAGCAGUAGUAGUAGUAGUAGCAGUAGUAUCGGCACUACAUCAACAAGUACAGGAAUUACAACUUCAACUCGAGGCACAACUUUAUACGUUCCAAUUCAACCUGACACAACAAUUCCAUACAUAAUAAAAGAAACCAUUCCGCCAGAACAGAGUACAACUGAUCAUGAUGUUGACAACGAUGUUUACCAUCCUGACCCACACCCUGAUGAUUAUUAUGAUCCAGGGAAUCAUCAGCCGGAACCUCCGAUGCCAGAACCAGAAACUGAACCGCCUUUAGUAUUUAGGACACCACCUCCAUUCAUCAAUUCUAAUCCAGGUGUAUAUAAUAAUAAUCCUACACGCCUCACACCUAAAAAGAAACACGAACGCAUAAACACUGAAGCUGAAGAAAGAACAGCAAUGAUAAUAGGAAUAGUUGCUGGUGCAUUGAUUGCAGUGAUUCUUGUAAUCCUUCUUGUGUUAUGGAUUAAAUCAAAUGGAGAUAGAUCGUAUAAAAUGGAGCAUGAUCUAAAAUAUGGGCAUGGUGUGAAUGCUGCUUUAUUGGGACAUAAUGUUGGUCAUUCUAAUAGUCAACAUCAUGGGGCUGCUGGACAUCAUCAAGGUGGUAGAAGUGGAGAAACUCAUCAUCAAGAUGGACAAUAUAACAAUAACAAUCUUCAGCACCACCAACAACAUCAAUCACAGUUCGGUAGCCAAUACAAUCAAGGCAGUAACCAAGGCUAUGAUUCUCAUGGCAAUGGUCAUCAUAGCUCACAGAUGGGUAAUAUUGGAUCGCUACGACAACAUGGAAGUCUCCAUGCAGAUCGUAAUGGAAUGAGUGUAGGUCUCGUUCAACCGAAAGCAAAGAGAAAUUCAAAAGAUAUUAAAGAGUGGUACGUGUAAAUCAUAAAGAAGCUGUGGAUAUUUAGAAUGUAAUUAUGUAAUAGUGACUUAAGUAUAAAUAGACUUGCUACGAAAUAUUAAUAGACACAUCUCAUUCAUAUAUUAAUAUUAUAUUAAAUAAUUGAUACCGGCUGAGAAAUAAGGUAACACAACAACGGCGAAUCUUUUACAGAAAGUUAAAAAAUUACUAUUACAAAAUGAUAAAUGAAUGAUUUUAUUGCCUCAUUUGAUAAAAUUAUUUAAGAAAAAAAAACCAUGCAAGAUGAAAACUUUAAAACAGUUAUAGGCAAAAUAUAAAUAUGAAAAGUUUAUUUAUUUCAUUAAAUUUUCUCCGUGUAAAUAUUUAUAAUAUCUAAUCCUUACGAAAAAAUCCGUUUCCAUGAUUGAUAUAAUCUAAAGAAAAACUAUAUUGACUUUUGUUUUGAACUCAUAAAUUUAAACUUCAAUUUCUGUAUCUGGAUAUAAAAUUACAAUUCAAUCCUUCCCUCAGUGUUAAUAACAGUAUAAAAAUUUAUAGCACAAAUUAGAUAAUCAAAUUUGUUCUUUCCAACAUGCUUUUAAGUUUUAAAGUUCAUUACUACCUAUUUGUUUAAAGUUCAUUGCACAGAUGAAGCAACUUAGUAUACCACGCAGUUAAACCAGACUGAUUCAUAUAAUUGUUAUUCAAGUUCACUUUGCAUAAACUUUAUAGUAGAAGGACAUUUAAUACUAAUUACAAUACAUUUAAUACAAAAUACUACAUAUUUGCUUCACAUCAUGAGAACUUCUAAUGCUACUUAACUAAUUAAGUAGAUUUAAUAGCACUUCAAACUUGAAUGAUUUUUUAGAAACUAAUGCAUAAGAAUCUAAUAAAAUUCGCUUCCAAAGGUACAGACAGAUUCUUGGUUAUUCUUUUCCUAAAGAUCGCGUCUACAUCAUAUUCUAAUGAUAACGAGGAAGUUUGAAAAAUUUCAGAUCCAAAACUCAGAUCCAUUUGUGAUCGAGAAAAAUUCGGUGAAUAUAAAUUAAAACUUAGUUUUAUUGUUGUAAUAUUUAUCUAUUAAGGAAUAAAAAAGUUAUAAAAUUUAAGCGAAUAGGUUUGAUGUGUAUUAGAAGUACAUGAACCAGUGAUGAAAUAUUGGAUUUAUAUUAUGUAAAGAAAUGACAAUUGGAGCACACAAAUUAAUACAUACCUAUGUACGAUAUUGAUGAUAAGAUAGAAACGUUAAAAAUAAAAAAAGAUAAUAUUAUUUAAAAUCCUCAACUUUUUAAUUGUUCUAAAGCAAAUAUCAGUGUUAACUUUAAAAUCAAAGAUUUCGGAAAUAUUGAAUACUUUCUUUUACAUAUUCAGUAACUAUAUCUAUGUAUCUAUUAUAAUUUUGUAUUUAACAAGUUUCUCAUGAUUAGUAAACGGAUCACGAAAGCAU